AAACACAAGAACUGGAGACCAGUAAGAACAGCGCACUGGCAGAAAGACAAGAACUGGAAGUUUUGAAGAAGCAUCUCAACAAGAAGGGGGAAGAGCUUGAAGCUGCCAUGAAUAGCAUCAGUGGAGAGAGAGGACAACUCAGUCAGAUGAAGAUCAGUACUGAGAGGGACAGGGAAAUACUUUUGAAUGAAAAGGACAGACUAGAAAGAGAUCGGUCAGAGCUGAAAAUAAGAAAAGAACAACUCUUGAAUAAAAUGAAAUCAAUAGAAUCUCUGAGGGCAAAACUUCAACACCUGAGUGAAAGGAUGAGUGAAGACAUGAGAGACAAAAUGGCCAGACUGGAGCAAAACAAUGACGACAUUCUGAAACUAUUGACUGUAUUGGAGCAAAAGCAUUGGGAUUUGUGUGAAAAGAAAGAAUAUAUGCCACGUUACGCUAAGGCAAUCGAGACUGAAAAGAAAGGUUUGAAGAGUGUUUUGGCCGAAAUUGUCAUCCAGAGACAAGAUAUGGAAAAUCGAACGAAACAAGAGGCUUUGUUGGGAACGGCGGAUCUUGAAAAGCUGAAGGCAGAGCUGAAGCAAGACAGAGAGGAUCUGAACAGAAUGACUGAGCUGUUGAACAAAGAGAAAGUUCACUUGGACCAGAUGAGGUCUGACAUCCAGAGACAAACUGACGUAUUAGAACAAGAGAAACAAGACAUAAAAGUGGCAAGAGACAAGUUGGAAAUCACAAAGACUGAGCUGCAAAAGAAGAAGGAAAAUGCAGUCAGUCUGUUUGACGAGAUAAACAGAGAGAAAACCCACGUGAAAAAUCUGACUCUUCGGGUUCGGAGAGAACGAGAUGAACUCGAAAAUGUCAUGAACAUGAUUACCUUCAGACAAAAAGAGCAAGAGCUCAAGGAAGACGACAUCAAAAGACAAACACAAGAACUGGAGACCAGUAAGAACAGUGUACUGGCAGAAAGAGAAGAACUGGAACUUUUGAGGAAGGACCUCAACAAGAAAGUAGAAGAGGUGGAAUCAGCCACAAACAGCAUGAGUGGAGAGCGAGAACAACU